CGCUAGUGAUUUUAAUUCAAAACUAGUGUAUAAUGAGCUCACCCUUCUAUACUUCUCUACUUAAAGACAAAACUUUCAGGUUACUAACAGGGCUUCUUUAAUGCAUUCAAAGUGGUAAUGUUGUAUAUUCAUAGUUUUAACGGAAAGGAAGGACUCAUUUUGCUAGCGUAGGCAACCCUAUCCAAGAUCAAGAAAUCUUUUUCAUCGAACUAAAAAAGUAAAAGUGGCGAUGAUCCAAAUACAGAACACAGCGAACCAAGAUGCUGAAGAAAUUGCGGGGGAUCCAAGUUUUCCCAUGUCCAUCCAGAUGGAGAACAAUGUCGGCGAGUAUUUAGAGCCUGAAAAGGGAGGGAACACCCAGUGUGGGAAAAAUGUGCAUAAAUCAGGAUCUGAGCAAGUUGGGGCAUUCUCAGUGGUUAAAACUGAUCAUAUUGCGACUCCUGAUACAUUACAUGAAAUGGAUGGUAUUGAUCAUGAUGAAUCAGAGAACUUUCCGAUAUCGAUGAUGCAGAGGUUGACAGUUAUCUUCACAAUGAGCAGGAAAAGCACUACAAGAAGAUCAUUUGGGAAACAAUGAACCGAGAAUAUCUUGAGGAACAAGCAGCCAAGGAAGCGGCUGCAUUAGAAGCCAAGAAGCAUCAUGAGUUCAUUUUAGCUAACUGUCCAGAGGAUGUACAGAAGUUUGCUGCUGCUACUGCUGCUUCUGUUGCAAAAUCAAAAAAGGAAAAACAACAGAAAAGGGUUGCAGAAUUGAAAAAUUCUGGCCCCGCUCAAACCGCUACAGAAGCAACAAAGCAAAUGUUAGCUAAAAAGAGGCUGAGCUCUAAGAUCAACUACGAUGUGCUAGAGAAGCUUUUUGAUGAUUCUGUAUGUGCUUCUCCUACUCCAAAAAAAAUCUUGAGAAUUCCUUUAUACCUUCUGUUGUUACUUUCAAUUUUGCUCUGAUGUCAAUUCCUUUUGUGGAGUAUCGUUUUCUUUUUUCAAAAAAAUCUUCAGUUUUGACUUAUUAGGAAAAACAUAUAUACAAAAUUUUGGGUGUUGGGGGUGAGAUGGAACUGAGUUGCAGUUUCUUGAAAGGGAGAAAUGUAUGGUUUAUCUUUAGUUGAGCUAUGGAUUUUCUCGUGAUUAAUAUAAAAAGAUUUGACGACCAAACAUACUCAUAAAAUUAGGAAGAGAUAUAAGAAACCUUGAAAUCACAAGUCCUAGUAGAAAUCAGAACUUCUGUAGCACCCUGAAAUUUUAUAGUUGCAUGUAUUCAUCUGAAGGACAA